AAAAUACACUCUAAAAGCACUUUAUUAAGACCAAUGGGAAAUAUGAAUAACAACAAAAGUUACAGUAAGAAACAACCAUGUUUGUGUAACUUAGGGAUUAUAUUAAUGUCAAUUAUGUGGCUAAGUAAAGUGGUUUUAUGUAACAUUAAUGAUCCAUGUAAAUCAAGGUCAUAUAGUGACAAUGAUGUUCUUCAAUUUUCAAGGAACAUUCAAUUCUUAAAUGCUGAGUUCUUCCAUUGUGGUGCCACUGGCGAAAGCAUUGAUGCAUAUGAUCCUUCUUUAGCAGCAGGAGGUCCACCUCCACUUGGCUGUCAAAGGGCUAACUUAGAUCCUAUGUCACGCCGGAUGGUUGAGGAAUUCGCACUUGAAGAAGUUGGCAAUUUAAGAGUCUUAGCAAAGUUCAUUGAGGGACCAGUUAUUCCAAGGCCAUUGUUGGAUCUAACCAAAGAAACUAUUGGAAGGUUGAUUGGUAAAGCAUUUGAUCCUCCACUCUCUCCUCCAUUCGACCCUUACCGCAACCCUCUCCACUAUUUCAUCCUCUGUAACUUUAUCACUUACACCGGACUGACCGGCCUCGUCGCAUCAGCCCCGACAUUUAUCUCUCGUGAAGAUCGCACGGUGGUAGCAAGAUUUGAAGCCAUGGAAGCUGGACAAAAUGCUAUUUGUCGACAAUAUUUGUACCAAAGGUCGAACGAUAGGGUGCUUCCGUAUCAAAUAACCGUGGCGGAGUUCACGAACCACACGUCGGAGUUGGCAAAUCGCCUUGGGAGAUGUGGCAUGAAAGACGAAGGAGUCAUCGUUCCCCGGUUGCUCGGGGCAGAGAAUCGGACCGAGAGCAACAUUCUUGCCGCCGAUUCUAACUCUCUUACGUAUACGCGAACAAUACCGGAGCUCAUGCGCAUACUUCAGGGAAACGAAAACGAAAGUGAGCCUGGUGGAUUCUUUCCAAAGGGUGCUAAUGGAGAUAUUGGAAGAAGCUUAAGAAAGAAGUAAUAAUUCCAAUUCCAAUGAUGAUACGAAUAAAAAGGAUUGAUAUAGUGAAUCAAUCCUAGGCUGCACGUUCAAGUUUCCCUUCAUGCGUUUCUCUAUAAAAAUUUACAUGAAGCAUGGACUUCUGUUACUUUUAUUGACGAAAAUAUGGUGAAAUGUUAAGGUUAAUGAUAUCCAAACCCUUGCAAUCUUUGAUGUUGUA